AUGGCGCAUCUUCUCAACGAGACGUUUGCGCGGAAGAGCGAGCAGAACCAAGCAGUGUUCGUGACAUUUGUUACGGCCGGAUUCCCCAAAAAGGAAGACACGCCGGAUAUUUUACUUGCGCUCGAGCAGGGUGGCGCAGACGUGAUCGAAGUCGGCGUGCCUUUUAGCGACCCCCAGGCGGACGGCCCUGCGAUCCAGGACAGCAACAAGAUUGCGUUGCAAAAUGGCGUUGGCUACGCCCAGUGCCUCGAGUACGUAAAAGAGGCGCGUGCCAAGGGCCUCAAGGUGCCCGUCGUGUUCAUGGGCUACUACAACCCCCUGCUGGCCUACGGCGAGGAGCGUGCGGUGCACGACGCGCGCGAGGCCGGUGCGAAUGGCUUCAUCAUGGUCGACCUGCCGCCGGAGGAGGGCGAGUCGUUCCUCGAGGCGUGCCGCAAGGAGGACAUGGCCUUUGUGCCGCUCAUUGCACCGACGACCGACAUGAAGCGUGUUCGCUACCUCUCGACGCUCGCCAACUCGUUCAUGUACGUCGUUUCCAAGCUCGGCACGACCGGUGCGGCGUCUAGUGUCUCGUCGUCGCUGAGCGACAUGAUGUCGCAGAUCCGCGAGGCGACCGACAAGCCGCUCGCCGUCGGCUUUGGUGUCUCGACGCGCGACCACUUUAUCGAGGUCGGCGAGCUGGCCGACGGUGUUGUGAUCGGCAGCAAGCUCGUGGAGAAGCUCAAGAAUGCGCCGCCGACGACCGCCGGCCGCGUCGACGCGGCCCGCGCGUUCUGCGAGGAGAUUACCGGUGUGCGCGAAGGCGGCAUCGAGCGCCGCAAGCGCCUCAAGACGCGCAAAGAAGACACGACGCCCGCCGACCCCGAUGCGCCGCCCAAGGUGCCGGACGACCGCCAGCCUCGCUUUGGCAAGUUUGGCGGCCAGUACAUCCCCGAGGCGCUCUUCCGGUGCCACCUCGAGCUGGAGAAGGCGUACGAGCAGGCAAAGAACGACCCUGCGUUCUGGGAAGAGUUCCGCAGCUACUACGAGUACAUCGGCCGCCCCAGCAAGCUGUACUAUGCCGACCGCCUGACGGCGCACGCGGGCGGCGCCAAGAUCUGGCUCAAGCGCGAGGACCUGAACCACACCGGCAGCCACAAGAUCAACAAUGCGAUCGGCCAGGCGAUCCUCGCGAAACGCCUCGGCAAGACGCGCAUCAUCGCCGAGACCGGUGCGGGCCAGCACGGUGUCGCGACGGCCACCGCCUGUGCCAAGUUUGGCCUGGAGUGUGUGGUUUACAUGGGCGCCGAGGACGUGCGCCGCCAGGCGCUCAACGCCUUCCGCAUCCGCAUGCUCGGCGCCAAGGUCGUGCCGGUGGAGAGCGGGAGCAAGACGCUCAAGGACGCGAUCAACGAGGCGAACCGCGACUGGGUGACCAACAUUCACAACACGCACUACCUCGUCGGCUCGGCGAUCGGUCCCCACCCCUUCCCGUCGCUGGUGCGUGAUCUGCAGUCGGUCAUCGGCCACGAAGCCAAGGACCAGCUCCACGAAAAGACUGGCAAGCUCCCCGACGCAGUCGUUGCGUGCGUCGGCGGCGGCAGCAAUGCGAUCGGUAUCUUCCAUCCGUUUGUGGACGACAAGUCGGUGCGCCUCGUCGGUGUCGAGGCCGGCGGUCACGGUGUCGAUACGGACAACCACUCCGCGACAUUGUCCAAGGGCCGCCCCGGUGUGCUGCACGGCGUGCGCACCUACCUGUUGCAGGACAGCGACGGGCAGAUCACCGAGACGCACUCGAUCAGUGCCGGCCUCGACUACCCCGGUGUGGGCCCCGAGCACGCGUUCCUCAAGGACAGCAAGCGUGCAGACUCCUGA